AUGUCUUGGAAAACCCCCUCAACAACCGACAGAACUGUCACUAUUCUCGGUGCCGGCGUCCUCGGACGCCGCAUCGCCGCAGCUUGGGCUGCUGGAGGCUAUAGUGUUGUGCUGCGCGACCCGAGCAAGGAGCAAUGUGCAGCAGCAUCGGAAUACGUCAAAUCCAAUGGAUGGAGAUUCCCCGGAAAGCACGCCAACGAACAACUCCAGGUGCAGACAUUCCAAGAUCUCGAACCCGCGCUGGAAAAGGCGUUCCUUGUGAUCGAGUGUGUCCCUGAGAAAUUGGAAAUCAAGCAUGUCACGUUUGCAGAGCUCGAACGUUUGGCUCCUCAGGAUGCCAUUCUCGUUUCUAAUUCAUCGUCAUACAAGUCGAGGGAAGUUGCUCAGCAUCUUAAGCCCGAAACCCGUCGACGAGUCCUCAACAUGCAUUAUAUGAUGCCGCCGGACAAUAAGAUAGUCGAGCUCAUGACUUGCGGUGAUACCAAUGAGGAGAUAUUUCCCUUCCUCGUUAGCAUGUUGAGAGACAUUGGCAUGCUGCCCAUCGUCGCUCACAAAGAGUCCACCGGAUUCGUCAUCAACCGUGUCUGGGCCGCUGUCAAGCGGGAGUGCCUUACAGUGCUUUUAGACGGUGUUUCUACACCAGAGGAGCUGGACGAAGUUUGGACAGAAAUGUUCGUCAACACGGGCCUGGCACCAUGCAAGGCAAUGGAUGCUGUGGGUCUCGAUACUGUAUCCUUCAUUGAGCAGCACUACAUUGAGGAGCGCGGCCUGAAAGAUCCCGGUAUCAUUUCGUACUUGCAGAACUAUAUCGACGACGGAAAACUGGGCGCCAAGAGCAGCAAGGGAGGAUUGUACCCGCCCGGCUACACAACAAAGACUGGCAACCAGUCUCAGACCGCAUUCGACAAUAUACAGGCGCCGGAAUUAUACUUCCUUGAUGUUGGACUGUCCAACAAGCCAGAGGAAGUGUUCUCUUCUGGUCGAAUUCUGGUUGGAAGCGCAGACGGAAAAUCGCCACUGCGUACUGUUGUCGAGCACCAACAUCUCCCAGACGGUAUUGCUAUCAGCCACAGUGACAGGCUCAUCUUCUGGACGAAUAUGGGAAUACCAUCCAAGAACGAUGGUAGUAUUUUUUCGUGUGAGAUGGAUGGCAGCAACGUCAAGGCUAUUGUUCCCGAGGGCCUGGUUCACACCCCAAAACAAAUCUCCAUUGAUGAAAAAAGCAAAAAGGUCUACUUCUCUGACCGCGAAGGCAUGAGGGUUAUGCGGUGCAACUUUGACGGAUCCGACCUGGAAGUUCUCGUGGAGACGGGCGACUGGACCCAAGGCUUCGAGGACCAGACAAAGUGGUGCGUAGGCAUUGCUGUUGCACCCGACCAAGGAAAAUUCUACUGGACGCAAAAGGGCCCGUCCAAGGGAGCAAAGGGCCAGAUCUUCCGGGCCUCGAUCAAUUUUCCCGCCGGCACCGACGCCAAGAACAGGACGGACAUUGAGAGACUGUUCGACGGACUGCCUGAGCCCAUCGACCUCGAGGUCGAUGAAGAAGGAGGUCUCCUGUACUGGACCGAUCGCGGAGAGCUGCCUUUGGGCAACAGCAUCAACCGCGCGUCCCUCGGCGACAUUGGGAGUGGCAAGUACGACAUUUUGGCCCGGAACAUGCACGAAGCAAUCGGCCUCACCAUUGACAAGAAGAACCGCCACAUCUAUGCUACUGAUCUUGGUGGCUCGGUUUACCGGUUCAACAUGGACGGCAGUAACAAACAAAAGUUUUACGAUGGCGAGGGAGCUUUUACUGGUAUUGCCCUCAGUCAUGUAUAG